CCGCGACGAAUAUCUCCUCCAAGCCCUCAAGCACCAAUGACUGCCUCGCCCCCGAAGAUCCCUAGAACACGUCAGGACUUGCUCGAAUCAGGGCUCGCAUGCUUAGUGUGUCGCCAGAAGAAAACUAAAUGCGAUGGCGUAAGCCGACGUGUGGACGAUGCCUUAGACUUGGGAGGCCAUGCGAGUAUGCGGGAACUCCGAAGUCCAGGGUUAAAAGGCUAGAAGAAAAGAUACAAAACUUGGAGAGUGAGAUAGCUGCACUCAGAUCUAACCCAACCCCACCUAUUCACGAUACGGGGGGCACUGAAAUCUACGCAAACUCACGGAUCCCCGGCUGGCCAUUUUGUCUCAGCUUGAGAUGGUUCGGAGCUCUAUAACGCCAAGGCAUUCCACGUCCCCGACAUCAUACCCAUAUUCCCUAUAUCAACUCUUUUCCCAAUAUUGCCUUCGCAUCCGCAGAAGAGCUG